AUAACAGUCCCAGCCUCGUCUCAGCAGGAAGAUGUGACAGCUUGACCUACAUCGGUUUGGGCUGUAAUCGAGCUCAUAACGAAUGAAUGAUUAAUUUGCGUCAAGAGUGUGGGUGAUAAUUCACAGACAAGAGGUUUUGUUGUGUUUAUUCAUGCAGCAGAUCUCGGUAGGCUUGAGCUUGGAGAACUGGGGAGAAUGAAGGGAGCCUGGACCGUGCCAAAAGAAAGUAACAGAACCAAAAUAAAUCUUACUAACCCAUUUUAAUCUAAUUCUGAACUAAGAAAAGAAAAAUGUGAAAAGAAAACAAUCUUCAACGUCCGAGACGUCUUAACUCAACUACACUACCUAACCAAACAAAAACAUACAGAAAGUGGCACAAGUCCCUAAUCUAGGGUGUCUAGACAACCAAAUAAACCUAAAUGUGCACCAUGUAAAUCACGUGACCCUUCACCUCCAAUCCAGUUUUAACAGAACUUUGAAAAGCUUUCUAGGCUUUCAAAUGUCAAAGGCUUCAGGAAAGCAAAUAGAUAAGAUGUUUUACAUGGCUGUCAAAGCACAUUAUGAACUAAACCAUACAAACUAAACCAAACAAAAGAACACAAAAUGCUAAUACACCGGCGUUUCCCUUUUAUAGCACUGCUGGACGUCUCAAGUCAUCACACCGAAAGUGAAAGUAGAAGAGAGAGAAAGAAAAAACGAGAGGGCGGCAAAUAAAAAAAAAAAAAAAGGAAAACCCGGGAAAAAGAAUGCAAAAACAGAAAAAUACUCAAACAACAACUCAGCGUCACAUAUAGGGACGUAACAAUACAUAUCAUAUUAAUGUUAACGGUAGAAAGUUUGUUCAUAACUCUGAGAGAACCUUAGCCAAAGUUCAGAGAAAGUUCUCUGCUAGCUGGAUAAGUAGGACAGUCUGUUGUUUAUUGACUUUAUUGGCACAAGUUCUGAUAUUAUGAUUGUCUUGCAUGGAUGUUAAAAGUCUGUGUAUGGUGUGAAGGGAAAACAAACAACAAACAGAAAUUUAGGUGAACAUUCCAGGUUAUAACACUCGCCUUAUUACCAUGCUGGUGACAUGCAUAACAUAGUGACACCUAUAACAUACCAUUUAAUGCAAACUGCUGUUUAAUUAGCUUUUAUAAAUAUUUGAGUAUAUUUGAAAACUCUUUACAAUGCUAGUUUGCAGUGAAUGUUCUCUGAAUUUGAGUCUGAAAUAGAAUAUUACAGUUUAAUGGUGCAACAGGAGAAGUUUUAUUAGAUGUUAAUAGAAAAUAAAAAAGCAAAGUUUUAAAUGUGAGUCUUGAAGCAGUUUGUCUGUACUGUAUGUUGUAGUUGAUCUGAGGGAUGAAGCGUGUGAAGGUGGUUGUGGUUGGAGCAGGUGUGGUGGGUUUAUCCACUGCUGUGUGUGUCGCUGAGACACUUCCACAUUGUUCUGUGACUGUUAUUGCUGAGAAGUUUUCACCAGACACCACCGGCGAUGGAGCUGCGGGAAUCCUCUUGCCCAGAGAGUUUCCUGACAUCCCUCUUGAGCGGCAACGGCGUUGGUUCAAGGAGUCGUUCGAUCAUCUUCUGGCCAUUGCAGAUUCCCCUCAAGCCUCAGAUGCUGGCGUGUACUUGAGCUCCGGGUACCACAUUUUUAAGGAGAUACCCUGUGACAAAAAGCCCUUCUGGUCAGAGUUUGUGUUUGGAUUCAGAUACAUGACGGAUCGUGAAAUGAAGCGUUUUCCUAAUCAUAAGUUUGGUCAAGCAUUUACCACAUUAAAGUGUGAAUGUCUGAGCUACCUGCCAUGGCUAGAAAAAAGAUUAAGAGCAGUUGGAGGUCAGAUCAUACGUGAAAAGGUGACUGAUCUUCAUAAACUGGCCCUGAAUUACGAUGCCAUCAUGAACUGCUCAGGCCUCGGCUCUCGUUUUUUGGUGAAUGACGAGGAGGUCUAUCCAGUACGAGGACAAAUGCUGAAGGUUAGCGCUCCAUGGCUGAAGAACUUCAUCCGAGAUGGAGAUGGCAAUACCUACAUCUACCCAGGCAUCAGGUACGUCAGCAUCGGAGGCACGCGGCAGGCGAAUGACUGGCGGCUGGAGGUGGAUGAGGAGGACAGCGAGGGGAUCCUGGAGCGCUGCUGCCGGCUGGAACCGUCUCUGCGAGCAGCUCAGGUGAUGGGCGAGUGGGUGGGGCUGCGGCCGAGCCGGGCGAACCCGCGGGUGGAGCGCCAGUAUCUGCAUGUACAGGGCCGUCAGGUGCCUCUGGUGCACAACCACGGUCACGGCAGCUGUGGUGUUACUCUGAGCUGGGGAACGGCGCUGGACGCGCUCGAGCUGCUGAGACAGAGUCUGUUUGAAAAACCCCCUCAAGCCAGACUGUGAAUCUGCUGUGUGCUGAAGUCUUAUAGUGAUGCUGCUUUACAUUUUUAUGCUGAUGAGAAAUGACACUUAAAUCUUAAGAUAAAUAUGACAUCAGUUUGCAUCUAAAAUGUUUAACCAUUUCUGUAUUGUUUGAUUUCUACUUGCCACUAAUUUGUAGGUUGUUUUCAAUACGGAGGUAGAAUUUAUCGUUUACAGAAAAUCUGAGUAAAUUUAAAGAUAAAAUAUGUAAAUUGUUUGAUGUUGAAAGGCAUUUUCAUAUACCAGUUUAAUAUGCUUUAAUAUUUUUAAAUGAAUUUUUAUUAUGCUGUGAGUUUGAAAAUAGUAUUCAUUUAUGCAGUUCUGUUGCCUAAUGAACUAAUGAAUGACUAAAAUUGACUGUAUAAUUUAUAUAAGAUUGUCAGUGUAACAAGAAUCGUACUGCCAACAUGUGUUAUUGCCAUCAAGUGUCUUAAAUUUUUUACAAAACAAAAGUACUCCUUAUAAGUGAUAAUGCAUAUCAGUUAUUCACAAAUGCUCUGUAAAUUCACUCGUGCCAUUGUUAAGGGAAACUACAGUUGUAAUGUGAUUGUCUGAAAAUUACACAAGAAAUUACCCAGCCCUGCAUCUUAAAAAAAGCCCUAAUUUGAUGAUGAGAACACAACUGGCACUGGGAAUCAGCGCCCCAAUUUCUGUAAGAAACAAUUAUUGAAUUUGACAAAUAUGAUGCAGGGCUGUUUAACACACACCCACCCACGCACGCAUGCAUGCACACACACUUCAGUGCAAUAAUUUUUUCCCCCCUUUACAAAUAAACAUAAAAUCAUGAUUUUCAA